CAAGCAGGCGGUCUCAAUUUCAUACUUUUCUUCUCGUAUUGCUUCGUCUCUGUAGUGUUACAAAAAGUUAACAACCAUUAUUUUUGGACUCAACAUGUUUAUGUUAGCAAAUACUAAGGAGAUGCUAUCUUUCUAGCCGGAUUAAAGUUUUAGAAAUGCGGUAAAAUGGAGAGAAGAGCAGAAACUGGAGUGAAGAGGCUGGCGCUGGGAAUCUCGCCUUCUUACUCCCACUAUCGCCUGUAAGAAAAUCCCUCUUAAGAUUUACUCUUGCAAAUCUCUCGGCAAUUCUGGGCUGUUGUUUAGAGGGGUAAACGACUGUGUGCCUGGACGUGUCCCUUCGUGGCGUUUGCCGGUGUGGCACUGCACCGUGCACCGAUUGGAUGCUGCCUGGGAGCUGAGGAUGUGCUGCUGGCACCAGGAAGGAAGGAUUUUGAUGUGAUGGGGUGCAGGACGAGCAAAGUCCUCCCAGAGCCACCCGCCGAUGUCCAACUUGACCUAGUCAAAAAGGUAGAGCCGCAUCAGACUGAUGUAUAUAAAAACUUCAUCAGAAGUGACGGUGGCGGGGAGAAAACAGGCUCGCCAUCCCCUCAGGGUCAAAGCCAGGCUGCUGCGAAGGUGAGCCAGUCCCCUCCUCCAGCUAACAGCCCACACCGGAAAAAAGUAGCCAAAUACAGGGCCAAAUUUGACCCUCGAGUGACUGCUAAGUAUGAUAUCAAAGCUUUGAUAGGCCGGGGCAGUUUCAGUCGGGUAGUACGAGUGGAACACAGAAGCACACGGCAGCCGUACGCCAUCAAGAUGAUCGAGACUCGCUACCGUGAGGGCAGAGAAGUAUGUGAAUCUGAACUUUGCGUGCUGCGAAGGGUGCGCCACACCAACAUCAUCCAACUGAUGGAGGUGUUCGAGACGGCGGAGCGGGUCUACAUGGUGAUGGAGUUGGCCACCGGCGGAGAACUGUUCGAUCGCAUCAUCGCCCGCGGGUCUUUCACAGAAAGAGACGCCACGCGGGUGCUGCAGAUGGUUCUCGAUGGGGUGAAGUACCUCCAUACAUUGGGCAUCACGCACAGGGACCUAAAGCCUGAAAACUUGCUUUACUACCAUCCUGGUGCUGAUUCCAAGAUUAUGAUCACAGACUUUGGCUUGGCCAGCACGCGGAAGAAAGGCGACGAAUGCCUGAUGAAGACUACCUGUGGAACACCUGAGUAUAUCGCUCCAGAGAUACUCGUCCGAAAGCCCUACACUAAUGCAGUAGACAUGUGGGCGCUGGGAGUCAUCUCCUACAUACUGCUCAGUGGAACCAUGCCUUUUGAGGAUGACAAUCGCAUGCGCCUGUACCGACAGAUCCUCAAAGGAAAAUACAGCUUCUCCGGGGAGCCAUGGCCAAGUGUUUCCAACCUUGCUAAGGACUUCAUUGACCGUGUCCUCACGGUGGAUCCCACUGAGCGUCUGACUGCGGGCCAGGCACUUAAACACCCUUGGAUUGUCAGCAUGGCUGCUUCCUCCUCCAUGAAGAACCUGCAGCGGUCCAUUUCCCAGAACCUGCGGAAGAGAGCGUCAUCACGCUGCCAGAGCACCAAAUCAGCACAGUCCACUCGCUCCAGCCGCUCCACGAAGUCCAGCAAAGCGCGACGCGUUCGCGAGAAGGAGCUGCGAGAACUCAAUCGCCGUUACCAGCAGCAGUGUAACGGCUGAGAGCAACAACCAUGACUAUGUGACAAACAGGACCUUACGAAAAACAUCAGAAAGAGCAGAACAACAUUGUGCCUCAAUUUAGAUGUCAACUUCCUGCUCCAUCACCACAGAGCCAAUUAGCAGAAAACCUCCUUCUAAACUUCAUUCAUUUUCUAUUUUUCUGCUGUUUCUCUCUCGUUCUUUACCUUUUAUGUGAGUGUUUUAUUUAUUUAUUGUUGAUGUAUUUUCAUGUGUAUGUUGUCUUUGGAAUUUAUCUCAUUCAGCCUUUUACCUGAUUGUAUCUGUUGAACAGAAUUUUACAAAAGUUGCUGGAAGGACUAAGAAUACACCUUCCUGAUUUUUGCUGUGAAUUAUUUGUUACGGUACCCACCCAGAAGAUUGCUCUUCUGAUGGGGGAAAUGUGCUGUUUAUUCAUUAUUAGCAACAAAUCACAUGACCUUGUGAUAGUUUAUUGUGCCUUAAUAUCACUUUGAACAUGAUGGAAAGGUAAGAAUCAAAUAGUUGGUAAUUGCUUUUUGAAGUAACCACGUAUAUAUCACAUUUGUAAUGAUACACACAUUGUGUAAUCUCUUAAUAUUGCGGCUGGUUAGUUAUGAGCCUUAAAGGGGUAGUUCACACAAAUAUGAAAAUUCUGUCUUCGUUUAUU